AUGAGAAUUCAGCAUCUCAGAGUUGUAUGUGUGGUCUUCAUGAUCAUGCUUAUGAUCAGUCAGAUAUCAAGUUAUCGUCACAUCCACAGAGAGACAGCUAAAGAAUCCAAGCAAACAGAUAAAUCUGAAUCCUAUUCCAGGUUCUCAUGGCAUUUCUCCACAGAAGCUCCAGAGGUAUCCAGCAGCAGAGAGGAGAUCGGCCCCCUCAAAGGCGUUUCUCUACGAGAAGUUCCACAGGGACCAAACCCUCUUCACAACUGA